AUGGCAGACGAGAAGCAUGCUGCCGUCAAGGACGCCAGCAGCAGUCCCGAGAGUCCAGCCUCUCUGCACCGCGGCUCUCUGCAGGUCGACCACAACCUGGCAUCGGAGGCCGAUGCUGCUGUCCUUGCGUCUAUGGGCUACAAGCAGGAGCUGAAGAGGAACUUCACCAUGAUCGAGGUCUUUGGUAUCGCCUUUGCGAUCAUGGGUCUUCUUCCUUCGAUCGCUUCUACUCUCAGCUACUCGCUUGCUGCUGGCCCGGUCGGACUUGUCUGGGGUUGGUUCCUGGCCAGCAUGUUUAUAUUCAUUGUCGGCCUCGCAAUGGCUGACUUGGGAUCUGCCAUGCCAACUUCGGGAGGCUUGUACUACUGGACUCACUACUUCUCGUCCGAGAAAUGGCGCAACCCUCUGUCAUUCCUGGUCGGCUAUUCAAACACUCUGGGCCUCGUUGGAGGACUCUGCUCUAUUGACUACGGUUUCUCGCUCAUGUUUCUUUCCGUCAUUGUGAUCUCGAGAGACGGCGAAUGGUCGCCAACAAAUGGCCAGAUCUACGGCGUGUUCGCGGCCACUGUAGCAACCCAUGGCGUCAUUGCUUCGGUUGCGGCCAAGGUCAUGGGCAAGCUUCAGACCGUCUUCGUUGUCAUGAACUUCAUCCUCAUCUUUGCGACCAUUAUUGCUUUGCCGAUUGGCACCGGCUCGAACCGAAAUGAUGCGUCGUUCAUCUUUACCAAGGUGGACAAUCUCACCACGUGGCCAGCCGGUUGGGCGCAUAUGCUUGCAUGGCUCAGCCCUAUCUGGACCAUCGGCGCUUUCGACUCAUGUGUUCACAUGUCCGAAGAAGCCGCGAACGCCACCAAGGCUGUGCCAUACGGCAUCCUCAUGAGUAUUGGGAGCUGCUGGCUCUUCGGAUGGAUCUGCUGUAUUGUCAUUGCAGCUUGCAUGAACCCCGACCCGGAGACUUUACUCGGCUCGGCCUACGGACAGCCGAUGGCACAAAUUUACUACGAUGCACUCGGCAAGAACGGCGCUCUGGGCAUGAUGUCCCUCUUAAUGAUCGUCCAGUAUCUCAUGGGCGUGAGCAUCUUGGUAGCGGCCUCCCGACAAUCCUGGGCAUUCUCCCGCGACGGAGCUCUGCCCUUCUCUGGCUACUUCCGCGUCAUCUCGAAGAGGUUCGGCUAUAUCCCGCUGCGCACGACUAUCGCCUGCGCGGUUUUGGCAGCAGUCCUCGGUUUGCUCUGCCUCAUCGCUCCGGCGGCGGCAGCAGCUCUCUUCUCCUUGGCGGUCGCUGGCAACAAUGUUGCUUGGGGCGUGCCUAUCUUUGCUCGUGUCGUUUGGGGUCAGCACAAGUUCACACCUGGACCGUUCUACACAGGCAAGCUCUCCGUUCCCAUCGCGUGGACGGCUGUCACGUUUCUCACUUUCGGCAUUCUGCUGUGCAUGUUCCCGGUCGGUGGUCCGAAUCCGACAGCGCAGACCAUGAACUACACUUGUGUCAUCAACUCGGCGGUCUGGGGAGGCGCUAUCCUCUACUAUGCGCUUGACGCUAGAAAGUGGUUCAAGGGGCCUGUCGUCACGGUGGAUGUCACACAAUUGUCCGCCGAGCAGGAGGAAGUGCUUCGAACUCAGCAGGGCUUGCAGCUCGAGGGAGAGCACCGCAAGAGCAGCGUGUCGAACACAACCGGCCUCAUCUCAUCCUGGUUCGUGGCCGAUCUCGACAUCCCCCGGGCCGACGCCAAAGCCAAGCACAUCAUCCAAGCCAUCGGCUCCUCAUCACUGGACAAAGGAAAGCAAUUUGCCGCCAAAUAUAUCAAACACUCCAAGCACGAACCCAAAAUCUAUGGCACCUACGACGAAGUCUACGCCGACCCGGACGUCGACUGCGUGUACAUUGGCUCGCCUCAUGGACUUCACAAGCGGGAUCUCCUCGCCGCCAUCAAUGCUGGGAAGAACGUGCUCUGCGAGAAGGCGUUCACUAUCAACGCAAAGGAGGCAGAGGAGGUCUUCGCUGCCGCCAAGGCAAAGGGCGUGUAUGUCCACGAAGCGAUGUGGUUGCGUCAUCGACCUAUGGUAGCGGAUCUGAGGCAGAUGUUGUAUGGGGAGAAAGUCAUUGGGGAGGUAUUUCGUGCAAGCAGUGAUUUCCAGAAUUACUUUGAUAUGGCCAAGCUGGAUAACUCGAGCCGCAUGAAGAACUUGGAUCUCGGCGCGGGGAGUCUGCUUGAUAUUGGGAUCUAUCCCCUGACGUGGUUGCUGCUGACGCUGGACCCGGAUCUGCCCGCGAAGCCGGAGGAGCCGAAGAUCCUGGCGGCGCAAGACUUCAAAGACGGCGUUGAGGUGACGACCAGUGCGAUCCUACACUUCAAGAAGAGUGGGAGGCAGGGUGUGCUGCUGUCGACAACGGAGAGGGGAAAUGGGGGUGACAAGGUCGUGGCGACGAUUGACGGGACAGAUGGUUUUGUGGAGGUUUGGGGUGGUGCGCCUAGUCAUCCGAAGUCGUUCGUGGUAUAUCCGAAGUGGCAGAAGGGCGGGGAGAAGCCGGAGGGGAAGAAGUAUGAUUAUGAGCAGAAGUGGCAGGGGUUUGUGUAUGAGGCGGAUAAUACGGCAUUGGACAUUGCUGCUGGGAAGAAGGAGAGUGAGAUCAUGCCGUGGGCUGAGACUGUGCGCGUGAUGCAGAUUAUGGACGAGAUCAGACGGCAGGGUGGAACAGUUUACCCUCACGAUAAAUGA